AUGCUCCCAGGGCAUGCCAGAGCUCGGAAGAAGGAUGGAUUAUUGACUGGCUCUACAUUUAAUGCUCCAAAAGGUCGACGGCCAAGCGUCGUUUGCGCUGGUGAUGUGUCCCUCAUUUCCCCUACAGAGGAUCCAUUGCAUCGACGCAGUCCUUCCAUUCCCCUGGACUCCAUCGAAACAAAUCACUCUUGUCAUACAACAAGGGGAGAAACACGCCCACGAUUGGCGCGCAUUCUCGACCACCCGUCACAAGAUUUCGGGGAGGGUGGGAGUACGGCGUUAGACACCAGUCGCGCCGAAACUACCGGCGGCGAAACUACCACCGUCGUACACAGGGUUAGCCGUAUAGAUUCACUACCCAGCGUAGCUCUCCGUUACGGGGUUUCGGUGGCUGCACUCCGUCGAGCUAACAAUUUGUGGCCUUCUGAUCCCAUUUACCUCCGCACCGAACUCAAAAUACCUUGUGGAGACCCACUGUCAACCCAGCGCAAGCUAACGAGCGUUGAAGACGUCGACGCAGCUUCCCCUGAACCUCCCUCCCGGUCAUCCUCUGAUAGUUUAUCCACUCUCACAACUACUGUGGGAGACGCUAUUCUCUCGAUGUUUCCUGCUCGUGCAUCCCUCGACUCAUUAUUGAGUUCAAGGACGAGCUCAAGCGAGGUUCUCGAACUAGGUAAUCUAGUUGCGAUGCGUGCGAGCAGGUCUGUGUCAGGCGCCCGUCACGUUUCUAUCACCCGCGAUGGAUACGAGUUAUCUAUCCUGGGGAACCAGUCCAGAGCACCAGUCACUACGACUCUUCCUCCACUUCCAUGUGUAGCAACUUCUAGUGCCGUUUCUGCUUCGGCGAAUGUACCAUUGCACUGUGAUACAGCACGCCGCAUCGAUCCAACCGUUUUUAUUCCCGUCCGUAUGUCUCAGCUUGAGCCAGAACCGGCCAUGGAACUACCUAUACGGCGUCAUGGCUAGCUUC